AUGUUUGAGCCUUGUUACUCAGCCAAACUGGCCUUGCAAUAUGGCCAAAGCUUACCAGUUUUGCAUGUUCAGACUGGUGGACCUAGCUGGGAAGUUCCAUUGGGAAGAAGAGACUCCAGAAGUGCAAGCUUGAGUGGCUCUAACAACAACAUUUCUCCUCCAAACAGCACAUUCCAAACACUUCUCACCAAGUUCAAGUUGCAAGGACUUGAUGUAGUCGAUCUUGUAGCCUUAUCUGGGAGUCAUACAAUUGGGGAUUCCCGUUGCACAAGUUUCAGGCAGAGACUGUACAACCAAUCAGGCAACGGGCAACCUGACAACACUCUUGAUCAAUCAUAUGCUGCACAAUUGAGACCCAGAUGCCCAAGGUCUGGUGGUGAUCAGAAUCUGUUCGUCUUGGACUUUGUUAGCCCAACGAAGUUUGAUAACGCCUACUACAAAAACAUAUUAGCUUCAAAGGGUCUGUUGAACUCUGAUCAGGUCCUCUUAACUAAGAAUAAAGCAUCCAUGGAGUUAGUGAGGAAGUAUGCAAAGGACAAUGAGCUUUUCUUUGAGCAAUUUGCCAAGUCCAUGAUAAAGAUGGGUAAUAUAUCUCCAUUAACCGGUUCCAAGGGAGAGAUCAGAAAGCGCUGCAGACAGAUUAACAAAUAAAUAAAUUACCCAUUUUUUCUUUCUAUCCUUUAAAUUGAGAAAAGUGUCAAUCUUUGCAGUACCUACGAGCAGUGUUGAGUACUAUUGGAAAGUAGAGAAGGUUGAGUUUAAGGGAGGAUGUUACCAUGUAAGGGUGAAAAUGCUAUUUCUGUAAUGUGCCUGUGCCUUGAUGGAAAUUUGUAGUAUUUCUGUGCUUUGCCGUUCUUUUGUAAAUGACCAAGCGGCAAAAUAUUAUUGUGCCCCUUGACUAUAAAAACCGGUGAAAAUAUUUAGAUUGUGGUUGGGCUAUUCAUUUUCUAAUAAAAACGUUUUUUCUUAUUCUUCCA